AUGUCUAAAAAAUUAACUUUUGAAAACGAGUUAAGAAAAAGAUUAUUAGUGAACACACCCAAUCUGGAAGGUGAUGAAGAUAGUGAUUAUGAGGUGGAGGUUAAUGAAAAUGAGGACUCACCUGUUGCCGCACUAUUAAAGAGAGUUCCAAAUAUACCAAUAUCAUUUCUUCCUUUUGAUAAUCAAGAUAUUUCAUCAUCAUCAGAUAUGAAGAAAGUUCCUUCAACUGAUUCUCUAUCUACUACAAAAGCUAAUCAGAAAUCACCAAAACUUGGUUCUGAUUAUCACUAUGAAAAGACAGUGGUAUUUGGCAGGUAUCAUUCUGAGGAAAUGCCUUUAGGAAUUCGCAAAAAUGCUAUAUUACAAUUACCUGGAUUGUCUGCUAAGUCUAUUGAAUGGGCUAAUAAAAAUGAAAUGGUAGGAAAGUCAAGAUCUGACUCAACAGUUAACAUUUUGGAUAAUGAUAAUAAGGAUCAAGAUAAUUUGUCUCGUGAGGGAAGAAAAAGAAAAUCAGGAGUUGUUCAGCGACAAGAUGUUACAAGUAACUAUACUAAAUUUAGAAGAAAUUUAAUACGUUAUUUUCUUGAUGAUUGGUUAUUUUUGGCAAUGUUAGGUUUUGCAAUGGCAUCAUGUUCAUUUUGUGUUGAUAAUUUAAUUGAACUCCUUCAACAUGGACAUAUUUUAAUGUUAAAUCAAGUUGAGAAUUCAUUUCUUUUAUCAGAAUUACAGAAACAAACUAUAACAUAUGUUGUUUGGACUGGUUAUUGUGUGCUUUUAACAACAACAUGUGCUAUUAUUGUUCAUUUUCUUGGUCCUCAGGCUAUAGGUAGUGGUAUACCAGAAAUGAAAACAAUAUUACGUGGUAUAUUUUUAAAAGAAUAUCUUAGUAGAAAAACAUUAUUAUCAAAAAUAAUUGGCCUUACAUUAUCAUUAGGUUCUGGUUUACCAAUAGGUAAAGAAGGUCCUUUUGUACAUAUUGCAUCAAUAUUAGCAAAUCAAAUGAGUAAAAUUGUUCAUAAUAAACAUUCCAUAUAUUCUAAUGAAGCAAGGCGUACAGAAAUGUUAGCUGCUGGUUGUGCUGUUGGAGUUGCAUGUACUUUUUCUGCACCUGUUGGUGGUGUUUUAUUUUCAAUAGAAGUAACAUCAGUCUAUUUUGCUGUUCGUAAUUAUUGGAGAGGUUUUUUUGCUGCUGCAUGUGCUGCAACAUUAUUUCGUAUAUUAAGGGUUAUCUUAUCAGAUACAAUGUUAACUGUUGUUGCAUUUUAUCAAACAAGUUUUCCAAGAGAUGCUUUUGUACCAAUUGAAAUUGCAUUAUUUAUAAUGCUACAAAGAUAUUUAGUUAAAGUUGUAAGAAAAUUAAAUAGUAUAUCAAGUGGUUUUUUGGCAAAACAUUAUUGGAUUUAUCCUAUAAUAAUAUCAUUUUUUAUAUCAACAUUAACAUUUCCAAAAGGAUAUGGACAAUUUAUUGCUGGUGAAAAAAGAUUUUCAGCAACAUUAAAAGAUUUUUUUAGUAACUGUACUUAUAUAUCAGAUUAUAAUGAUACUAAUUAUUGUGGUUAUGAAUUUUUACAAUCAUGGCAAGGUAAAAAUUUAGAAAAUAAUAUAUUUUUAGUAUUAGUAUUUUAUCAAGUAACUUUUUUUUUUCUUUCUGCUUUGGCUUCAACAAUUCCUGUUCCAUCUGGUAUAUUUAUGCCUGUUUUUGUUAUUGGUGCUUCAUUUGGUAGAACUAUUGGUGAAAUAAUGGCCUUAUAUUUUCCUUCAGGUAUUGAUGGUCAUGGUGAUAUUCUUAUUUAUCCUGGUGUUUAUGCUGUUGUUGGUGCUGCAGCAUUUUGUGGUGGUGUUACACAUACUGUUUCAGUUGCUGUUAUUGUAUUUGAAUUAACUGGUCAAUUAAUUUAUAUAUUACCUGUUAUGAUUGCUGUAUUAAUAGCUAAUGCAACAUGUGCAUAUUUACAACCAUCUAUUUAUGAUAGUAUUAUACAAGCUAAAAAUUUACCAUAUCUUCCAGAUAUUCCUUCAACAUCAUCUUAUUUUCAUGGUAUUAUGGUUCAACAAUUUAUGGUUAAAAAUGUUGCUUAUUUAACACAAACAUGUACAUAUAAAGAAAUUCAAGAUAUAUUAUAUCGUUUUAGAAAAUUAAAAUCAUUUCCAAUUGUUGAUGGAAAAGAUUCAUUAAUUUUAUUAGGAUCAUGUAGUCGACAAAUUCUUUUUAAUUGUCUUGAAAAUGCUGUUGGUGAUAAAGCUAGGAAAACAGAAGCAAAUCAUAGAAUUGAACAAGAAAAAAUUGAAGCAGCAAGAAGAAUGAAAAGUACAAAAGAAAAAGCUAAAGAUAUAAGAAGAUCAAUAUUAGAUAUAACUUUUGAUCCCACUUUACCAUUUAAAAAAAAAUCAAAAACAUCAAUAUCAGUAAGUGGUACACAAAAGCGUUUAUUUAAAAAACAAAAAGAUGUUGAUAAAUAUAAUGGAAUAAAUAAAGGAAAUUCAAUAUCAGAUAAUGCCCUUGAUGAUUUACCUAAAGGGAAAAAAAAGAAUUUAAAAAAAAUUUCUAAUGCUACUUUAAAUGAAUCUAAAAGUCGGUUUACAGUUACACCUGUUGUUACAAAUAUAAACUUACAAAAUAUUGAUUCUAAAAAAAGUGAUAGUGAUGUUGCUUCAUUAAAUUUAAAUAGUGAUGAAAAAUUAAAUAUUGAAAAUGAUGAACAAUCAACAACACAAUCUAGACCAUUUUUUUAUACAAAUAAAUUAGAAAAUCCUUUCUUACAAAAAAAUGAAAAUUUUGUUGAAGAAGAAAGCUUUGGUGGUAUUGGAUCAACAGAAGGUGAUAGUAAAUCAUAUCUUUCAGUUGAUCAUACUCAUUCAUCUGAUACAUCAAGAAAAAAUAGUUAUAAUAUUUUUACAAUUAAUUCAGCAAAAGAUGUUUAUAAUACAAUAUCUGGAGCAUUAAGAAGUUUACAAAAGAAAGGUCUAAUAGCAUUUUCAAGAGAUGAUUUUGAUGAAAAAGAUUAUGAUUUAUUUGGUGAUGAAAAAAAAGAGUGGGAAGAAUCACAAUUAGCAAAGACAAUUGAUAUGAAUAAUGUUGGUAUAGAUCCAGCACCAUUUCAACUAGUUGAAGCAACAUCACUUUUUAAAGUUCAUUCGUUAUUUAAUCUUUUAGGAUUAAAUAAAGCAUAUGUCACAAAUUGUGGUAAAUUAGUUGGUGUUGUUUCUUCACGUGAUAUUAGAAUUGCUAUAGAAAGAAUACAACAAGGAAUAUUAUUUCCAUCAUCACCGGGAAUAUAUGUUGAAGGAAAUAAUGUUGAAGAGUAUAAUGGUGAUACAUUUAUAAAUGAUAAUAAUAAUAAUAAUAAAGAUAAUAAUAAUGAUAGUAAUAAUUAUUUAAAUACACCAAUUGUUCCUGAAAUUCUUGUUACUAAUGCACCAGAAGAAAAAUCUUCAAAACUUUUUAGAAGAAAAACAACAUUAAUAAGAACAAAUUCAGAUCCCUGUCUACAUGAUAUUGUAUCUAAAUUAAAAGCACCAUCUAAACCACGUUUAGUAAGAUUAAAUUCAACACCUUGUGACAAAAGAAAUAAUGAUAUUGAUAAAAGUUUUGAAAAAAUAAAUUAUCCAUCAAUUAUUCAAUACGAAUCAAAAGAUAGUUUAAUGUCGAAUAAACAAUCGGGUAAAAAUAAUGAUAUCGCUAUUGUAAUAGAUUCAGAUGAUAAUAAUGAUGAUGAUGAAGAACCUCGUGAUGGAUAUAACACGCUACCUGGAAAAACUUUAUUUAGAUUUUAA